GUAAUAUUCCUUCAUGAUAUGUGUAUAUAGUUAUGACCGACGUGACAUAUUCGGCAAGUUCCUUUGAGUAGAUUCAGUGUAGUCCGCAGACCUCCAUGCCACAUCUCAGCCGCGAUUGAUGUUGGGGUGCGAAGUGGAGGUCGCUUUAAGAAUGUGCCAUAGUGUACAAUCCUUCUUAAACGUGUUAUCCCUGCUUUUAUGUCCACCUGCGCGCCCGCGCCGUUGUUUGUACAACAGUGGGACACGUCAGAUCGAAUGGUCUUGUCUGAACCCGGUUAUCGCACUUGUUCUCUUGUCCACUUCAUUAGGGACGUGUACCGCUCGAUGGGAAUGCAGGCCGGCGCCUGCGGCGACCUCGAGCGGCUGCCCGAGGAGUUGCGCGCCAAUAUGGCCCGUGCUGUGAUCGCCACAUCGAACACACGCGAGAAGAGCCUAAAGGUGCAAACGGCUUGUGCUGCCUACAACACCACGCACCAGAUGUCCAGGAUGGCCCUACAUCUGGCCAAGGCCGUCAAGGAAGGCGUCAUCCGCUCUGAGGACCUGACCAGCGAGUUCCUGGAGGAGUACGUGGCGCUGACCGAAUGUCCCGAGGCCGAACUACUGGUGCGGUCGGCGGGCGACCAGCGGUUCAGCGACUUCGCGGUGCUGCAGUGCAACUACGCCUACUUCCACCUGGAUGCCAAGGCGUGGCCCGCGUUGGGAUUCCUCAACUGGGCACGAGCCAUGAUUCACUUCCAGCUGCAAUGGCCGACCAUACAGGCCAUAAAGGAGAGGCACAGUCGAAUGGCUUCCUACGGCAGCUGCCGAUCGGAUCCCGAGCAAGUGGUACGGCAGCGAACGUUCCUUCGACACGUGCAAGCUGUUAACAUCCUCAACAUGGAACGACUCGCUGGUCUCCGGAAAGACGUGCACUGCUAA